AUGAUGAACCAUCAUCUGCCGGCAGGGCCAUCGCAUAUUCCGCAAACCGCUCUGCCUGCUCACUCUUCGCCCAUGCAACACCACCACCAAUCGCGCCGUCACCAGGACUACCAACAGUUCCACCAGCAACAGGCCGUCCAGAAUCCCUAUGCCCAGUAUGCUCACCACCCGGGCGCCCAGGCCUACUACGGCCAUCCCGCGCACAUGGGUUAUCCUCCGCAACAACGUUGGAUGCCUCAGGCUUAUGGCUACCCCAUGCACCAGCAUCACCAACAGCAUCAAUAUCAGCAGCAGCACCAGCAGCCACAGUAUCCUCCCCGCUCGCCGGUAGUCGUUAGCUCGCAACCACAGAUGGCUGCCAUGCCUCCACCCGUCACGCGACAGGCAAGUAUGCCAUACAUGGCUCAGCCUCCGCCCGCUCCAUCUCAGUCGCCUCUCCACCAGCUCCCUGUUGCACAAUCGCCGCUGUAUCCUGCUCCCUCAACUCCCGCCACUUCGAUUCCGCAGUCCAUGCCUUCGCCUCGUCCGGCUUCUGUACAGGCGUCGACCCCAUCUCUGCCUGCCUCACGUAGAUCGUCCGUUGCUCAACCCCAGCCUGUUGUGCGCCGCAUGCCAUUCUAUCCUAAGGAAACUCCAGCAACCUCUCAGGCUCCCUCAGAGGCCGGCGUAGGCGCGGCCACUCCGUCAUCCGCAUUGCCAGAAGUCUCGAAGCCUGCAACUCCCCAGAGCCAAACCAACAAAGACUCGAGGCCAGCCUUCCAUAUUGUACCUGCAGUGCCCGCCGCUAGGCCCAAGACAGCUUCAUCCGAGGCUGUGUCGACUGCUGCCAGUGCCAAUGAGCAGAAUCUUAUGCGCUCCAAGAACUCUGCUGCCGCCGCUGCAUCUUCUGCUGCUGUGAAUGGCAGUGGCCCGGCUAACGGCGCAGCCCCUUCGAGAGCCAGCACUCUUGCUGGCGCUCUCAAACAAUUCAACGUCGACGACAAUGAUAAGGUUGCCUUCUUGGAGCCCAGAGGACUUGUAAAUACUGGCAAUAUGUGUUAUAUGAAUUCGGUACGUUCUUCGGCCCGCUUCAAAAACAAAACUUUCACUGACAUACUCAGANUUCUCCAAAUACUUGUAUACUGUAUGCCCUUCUACAACUUCCUGGAUCAGGUUAGCAAGAGAGCUGCUCACUCCUUCAAGAGUGAAACUCCUCUUGUUGAUGCCAUGGAGUUCAAGACUAUUGACAGCGCAGAGUCUGCUGAAAAACUGCGCAUGCGUCUCAAGGAUCAAGAAUUAGAACAAUACGGCGACUCCAUCAUACCCGAGUAUGUCUAUGAUACUAUCAAGGACCUGCCUCGCUUUGCCUCGAUGAGACGUGGUCAUCAACAAGAUGCCGAAGAGUUCCUGGGCUUCUUGCUUGACGGUAUCCAUGACGAGUGUAUGACUGUGAUGCGCAAAGCCGGAGUGGAAUCGGACGAUUCUGCCCAGCCUGCAUCACCUGCCAGCACUACCUCAGGUGCAAACGCUGAUGCUGGCUGGCUCGAGGUUGGUCCCAAGCAGAAGCAGUCCGUAACUCGCCAGAGUGGUGAAUCAUUGCCCACUCCCAUCACUCGCAUAUUCGGAGGUUCUCUUCGUUCGGAGCUUCGUGUUCCUGGUCUCAAGAACUCGGUCACUAUGGAGCCAUACCAACCCUUGCAACUGGACAUUGGUGCACCCGACGUCAACAACAUCAUCCAAGCAUUGAAGGCCAUCACAAAGCCGGAGACUUUGACUGGAGACUUUGGUUCGCCUCGCGGACCCGGCACAACUGCUGUCAAGCAAGUCUUUAUUGAAAGCCUUCCACCAGUCCUCAUUCUGCACCUCAAGCGCUUCCAGUAUGAUAACACUGGCGGCACUCAAAAGAUUUGGAAGAAGGUCGGCUACCCACUUGAGCUAGAGAUUCCUAAGGAGGUCUUCGCUCCUCAAAAGCGUGGUAGUUUGGCUGUCCAGGGUGGUGCUCCCAAGUACCGUCUUACAUCGGUCGUCUACCAUCAUGGCAAGAGUGCUGCUGGCGGUCACUACACUGUUGACAUCCUCCGACAGGAUGAGCGCGAAUGGGUUCGUGUCGAUGAUACCAUCAUUCGUCGCAUCCGUCCCGGAGAUGUGGCAGAGGGCGGCUCGGAGGAAGAUCCCAAGAUUUUGGCACGUGCGCUUGAGCAGCACAAGGCGGACACGGACGCUUCCAAACGUAACCUGUUCGAGGGCUUGGAUGGCGACGAUGACACGGAUAGUGUACGCAGCUGGAACGAGGUCAACGGUGGCAACAAGAAGCCUACAUUGACAUCGGCUGUUGCAAACGGAUCAUCGUCCGGUAAGCGCACACCACUGGCCAAGGACAAGAGCAGCGUCAAGGACAACAAGGUCGCUUACAUCUUGCUCUACGAAAAGAUGACGGGUUGA